AGGGUUCCACAUGUUGCUCUCCCAAUGUGAGCAAGCCCUGGUGGCAGCUGCCAGGGUCCAGUGCAGCCCCUCCCCACAGCAUGCUGGGGGCUAAUUCUGAUGUCAUCUUUCUGCAGAAAACCAUUAGCCCAUCCCUCCAGACUGCCACCCUCAAAGCCGUCUGCCCAGGCCCCAUCUGACACUCUUGACAUCUGCAGGUCCCAGACCCUAUGAUGUGUCCACUCUGGAGGCUCCUCAUCUUCCUCGGGUUGCUGGCCUUGCCCUUGGCACCACACAAGCAGCCUUGGCCUGGCCUGGCCCAAGCCCACAGAGACAACAAAUCCACCCUGGCAAGAAUUAUUGCUCAGGGCCUCAUAAAGCACAACGCAGAAAGCCGAAUUCAGAACAUCCACUUUGGGGACAGACUAAAUGCCUCAGCACAAGUGGCCCCAGGGCUGGUGGGCUGGCUAAUCAGCGGCGGGAAACACCAGCAGCAGCAAGAGAGCAGCAUCAACAUCACCAACAUUCAGCUGGACUGUGGUGGGAUCCAGAUGUCAUUCCAUAAGGAGUGGUUCUCGGCAAAUAUCUCACUUGAAUUGAGACCGUCCUUCGAUAACGACAUCAUAAAGAUGUGUGCACAUACGAGCAUCGUUGUGGAGUUCUGGCUGGAGAAAGACGAGUUUGGCCGGAGGGAUCUGGUGAUAGGCAAAUGCGAUGCAGAGCCCAGCAGUGUCCAUGUGGCCGUCCUCACUGAGGCUAUCCCACCAAAGAUGAAUCAGUUUCUCUACAACCUCAAAGAGAAUCUGCAAAAAGUUCUCCCACACAUGGUAGAAAGUCAGGUAUGUCCUCUGAUCGGUGAAAUCCUCGGGCAGCUGGAUGUGAAACUGUUGAAAAGCCUCAUAGAACAGGAGGCUGCUCAUGAACCAACCCACCAUGAAUCCAGCCAACCCUCUGCAUGCCAGGCUGGAGAGUCCCCCAGCUGACUUCUGCUGAUCAGAAGGAAAGUCCACAUCUUGCGACCUUAAGUCUCCCUUAGAGUGGGGCUUCUGCUACCCUAAAAACUUUACCCCAGGCUCUGUGGACAUCCCAUCCUCUCCUACAAUAAACUCUAGCUCUGAAGGGUGCACAGGUCCCUCCCGCCUGGGCCCUGGGGUUUAGGUCUAGAAGUCAGACCUGAUGAAGUAUCCUCCUGAGAACAAAUAUCCCUAUGGUUGCUCAUCAGCCCAGAAAUACCAGGACAAAAAAAAAAAAAUGCAGGGAGGGGC